AUGGCCAGACAAGCCGGGGGAAGAGAUGGAAUUGGUUACACUAUCUUAGACGCUAAGAAUUAUCUUCGAUCUAAGAGACAAAGAAGCAUGGUAUAUGGUGAAGCCGGUUGUCUAAUGAGGUACUUUCAAGAUCAGUUGUCUAAAAAUCCAUCAUUUUACCAUGCGAACCAAAUGGAUGUGGAAGAACAUAUAACUAAUGUUUUUUGGGCAGAUGCAAGAAUGUUGAUUGAUUAUGAGUACUUUGGCGAUGUUGUGUCAUUGGAUACCACAUAUUGUACAAAUCGUGAUAAUAGACCACUUGCCGUAUUCUCCAGUUUCAAUCAUCAUAGAAGAGCUGUCAUAUUUGGUGCAUCACUUUUGUAUGAUGAAACAACAGCAUCAUAUAAAUGGUUGUUUGAAACUUUUUUGGAGGCACACAAACACAAAAGGUCUCUCACUGUCUUCACCGAACAAGAUCAAGCUAUGGCAAAAGCCUUGCAUGAGGUAAUGCCGGACACAUUUCACGGAUUAUGCACUUGGCAUUUAAUGCAAAAUGGAAUCAAGCAUCUGGGAAACCUCAUGAAGGAAGGAUCGUGUUUCUUGACAGAUUUUAAGAAGUGUAUGUAUGGCUUUGAGGAUGAAAUCAAGUUUGAAGAGGCUUGGAGCAACUUAUUGACACAGUAUAAUCUUCAAAACAGCACAUGGUUGAAGCACAUAUAUGGUGUGAAGACAAAAUGGGCACGAUGCUAUAUAAAAGCCUUCACGCUUGGUAUGAGAAGCACACAACUUAAUGAGAGUGUCAAUUCUAGCAUCACGAAUUGUACGAUGCCCAAUUUGAACAUUGCUCAAUUUUUUAAGAAUUUUGAGCGGGUUGUGGAGGAUAAACGGUAUAGUGAACUAAAGUGUGACUUUGAGGCACGCCAAAAGUUACCCAGAUUGAGGUUAGAGAACUCCCCCAUGUUACGUCAGCUUUCUAAGAUCUAUACUCCAUCAGUGUUUGAUUUAUUCCAGAAUGAGUUUGACUUAUUUGCAGCUGCAUAUGUAAAGCAUAAAGAUGAAACAGGGUCAUUAUUUGAAUAUGUUAUUGGGCUAAUUGAUCAUGAUAAGGAAUUGAGGGUGACCUAUGAUCCCAAUACUAAGAUGAUUCACUGUAGUUGUCGAAGGUUUGAGAUGGUUGGAUUAAUAUGUUGUCAUUCUGUGAAAGUGUUUGAUGUGUUAGACGUGAAGUUGCUUCCAGAGACUUAUAUUCUUAAGAGGUGGACUAAAGAAGCUAGAAGUGGUGUAGUACGUGACUAUACAGGUAAUGUAGUUGAAGAAGAUUGUAAAUUACAAAGUACUGAGCGGUAUCGAAGACUAUGCCAAAUGCUUAUUAGGUUGGCUAAUGAAGCUUCUGUGCAGCAAUCCACUUUCUCCUUGGUGCAUGAGACAAUGCAUGAUCUAUACAAAAGGGUGAUGGAAAUGCGUUCAAGAGAUGAGGAUCAAGAAAACAUUAACAAUGUGAAUAUCUCUUCAAAGAUCUCUUCUAUAGUAGCAUCAAAAGAAUUCAAGAAGAAAAUUGGUGCAAAAGGUUCGAGAUGA